CAAGGGCUGAGCAGCUGCACACGAGCACUUACAGCUGAACUUGCUCACAACUCAUUUACUCACCACAAGCUCACGGAGAAGGAUGGGACCUCACAGGCUCAUGUGCACCCUCCUUACUGCACAGAUACUCACAGUUUCCUGUGGCCCCCACAAUAUGUCCAGUGCUCCCCCAAUAGCCACUCAAGAGGCCAACACGUCUAUGAGCAUAAUAAACAGGAUCAGCCAAGACAAGGACCCAGCCACAAGGGAGCAGAACCUCUCGCAGAGAACUAGUCCCCUGUGCCCAGAGAAUGACAAUUGGUACACAAAGCCUGAGAUUCUGAUUUCUGCAGUGGCCGGAGCGGGGGGUCUUCUUCUCAUUUCCAUUGUCCUCUGUAUCACAAGCUGUUGCCUCUGCAGGAGGAGCCAGAGACUGGGGCAUCAAGAGUGGAAUCCAAUGGAACUGAACCCCCUGUCUCCAGAGAAUCAUGAACUUCCCAGUCUGACACUCCCAAAGAAGGACACAUGUGCUGAAUUAACUUCCCCACCUGAAACUGGGGUAUCUGCCAUGAAGAUCUGCACUUCCAAAACCGAUGUGGAAAACUGCACCUCAAAUGCCGAUUUGGAAAACUGCACCUCAAAUAGUGAGAAUACAGCAGAGGAAGUGGAUGCACCUGAUGAACCUGAACCUUGUUAUCCUCCUCCUCCAGAGCCCUUUACUAUGUGAUAUCAAUGAACAGAACAGAAGAAGAUCAUCUCCAGACAAGCUCUUUUACCCAACACAAGGAAGCCCCAAUCUUAUCCCUUCCCCAUAUCAGAUUGGAUCUGGUUAAAUUACAUAUAAGGUACCAAUAGCCCCACUGUGUCUGAGAUGCACCAAAAAUCUGAUGAGAGCACCUGCUAUCAUACUUCUCCCAUAUUCCUAGGGUCUAACUCACAUCAUACACUUGCCCUGCAACAACUGCUUCUUUAAGAACCAACAAUGGACAGAAUGUUCUAGACUGCCCAUGGAAGAUUAGGUGAGGAACAUUCUCUUUAAUAAGCUCUGAAGCCCAUUGGCCUAGAUAGAUCUUCUCUUGCUCUAGAUCUUUCUACCUGGACUUCAGAUGAUCAGGGAGACGGAGGGAAGAUCUGGAAGGAAACACAAACAUUAGAAGAUGAUUUGGUUCUUUAAUGUUCUUGUUCAUCCCAUGGGCACAGUAGCCAUCUGGGCUUUAUUCACCAAUGGAUCUACAUCAAGUGAAAUUCAGCAAGAUCCCUCUGACAGAGCCAUGGGGCAGAACCUUCUCUAGUGUCCUUCUACCCUUCUCACCCUUGGGGUGUUCUUAACUUUAUCAUCUGGUUAAUAUUUAGGUGUCCCCUUCUAUUCUUUGUAGGUUCUCCAGCAGUUGGCCUAUUAUAGUACCUGGACUUGCAACUCACAGUCACAUUUAUUGUUGCUUGACUGUUACUUUUCAUUUUUUUUUAUCAGUUUAAAGGGAUACUGUCAUGGGGAAAAAAAUGUUUUCAAAAUGAAUCAGUU